CGAUGAAUUAGUUUCUGUAAAGUGGCGCUGUUGUCAACGUCGGCGCGAUAGCUCUGAGGCUAUCUUACCGAUAGUCGGUGUAAUAGACACUGCCAUAAUAAAAACCCCUAUCCCAAAGUUUCUUGUGUCUUGAAAGAAGAUGAAGGCUUACUUGGAAAACAGCAAGGCUUAAAGUAUAAAUAAUAGCAUUCGUAUCAUACUUUGAAUGUAAAAAAGGUGUCAUUUAUCUCUCUCUCAACAUUGGUGUAUGCUAAAUUCCGACCUGUUUCAUUUUAAUCUCCUAAAGAACAUUGAUUGUGAUCAGCUGAUAAGUUUAAUGAGUCACUCAUAAAACAUUGAUUAAGAAACUUCAACAGUUAUUUACUGCGACACUGAAUUUAGCUGAGAGCAUUGGAAUUUAACAAACAUUAAAAAUGUGUCUUGACGUUGAAAAACCUUCUUAUAGGUUUUUGGUGUUGUUUUUCAAUUGCCUGCUUACUUUUGGCUCUUACUAUUGCUUUGAUAUGCCAAGUGUUUUACAGGAUCAAAUGCAGGGGGAUUUUAACUGUUCUAAUAAAAUAACCAAUGAAACUAAUGCUACAACUACUUGCUGUAGUGAUUGUCUUGGAAUGACAUUUAGCCAGUACAACUUAUUGUAUGCUAUAUAUUCAUGGACAAAUGCUCUAGUUGUCAUCGGUUCAGGAUUUUUGAUAGACAAAUAUGGGAAUAGAGUUGGAGCACUGCUGUUUUCUUCUCUCUGUGUUAUUGGUUCCUGUGUUUUUGCUACAGGAGCCAUGUACAGGGGAACUGAUUACAUGUUACCUUUAAUGCUUCUGGGUAGACUGGUAUUUGGUGCUGGAAAUGGAUCCCUUACUAUUGUGCAAAAUAGGGUCACUACAUUCUGGUUUACGGGUAAAGAGUUGGCCCUUGCCUUUGGUUGUACGCUCACAUUUUCUAGGCUUGGCAGUGUUCUCAAUUUCUUUUUCACUGGACAUUUAAAUGAUGCAGUGGGAAUAAAAUACACAUUAUGGAUUGGAGCGGGUCUCUGUGGACUUGGACUUGUAGCAGCGAUUAUUGUUGGAACAUUAGAUGUUAAUGGUUUUAGAAGACUUGGGUUGAUGGAUACUAUAAACACUGAAUCAAAACAAGUGCACAUAUCUGAUGUAAAAUACUUCUCAUUAUCUUAUUGGCUGCUGAUACUCACUAUAAUGUUCUUCUAUAAUGGUGUAUUUCCUUUUGUGGCAGAUGCAAGCAAAUUCAUUGUAGACAAGUAUCAUUAUGAUGAUAAUGUGGCAGCAUACAUGGCUGGUGCUAUCUAUGAUGUAUCUUUAGUGAUGUCUCCAUUUUUAGGAGGACUUAUUGAUGUUUUUGGAAAAAGAGGUGUUCUGUGUGUGGUCUGUGCAACUUUGACGAUUCCUGUAUUUGGUUUGUUGGCAUUCUCUCAAGCUCAUCCUUUAAUCGCAACCAUAUGGUUUGGUGUCACUUACUCUGUUGCAGCAGCUUGUAUGUGGCCAUCUAUUCCUCUGGUAGUUUCUCGUGCCACAAUUGGCACGGCCAUGGGGUUGGCUACUUCAGUUCAGAUGAUUGGUGUGGGAUGCUCAAACCUAAUCGUUGGAGAGAUUCAAGGAAAAAGUCGCGAUUUACCCUCCGAGGAAGUUCUUAAACGUUGGAAAUAUGUUAUGAUUUAUCUACUGGGAAACAUCCUGGCCUGUGUUGCAACUGCAGUCAUACUUAAUGUAGAAGAUUCUAGAAAAGGUGGUGUUUUAAAUCUGAGUCGUAAAGAAGUGAAUGCAAAGACUGAGGAAGAGAAACUUGUCGACAAUGAUACUGACGCUCUUGUGGACUCUCUGAAAGCAAUCAAUGAUUAAUUACAUAAGAAAUUAUUGAAAAUGAAAUGUUUUUAUCUUUUUAAUCUCCGUUGUACCUUUUUUUAUUUGUGUGAAACCUAAGUGAUUUUUUUUGUAUUUAAAUGUGGUUUAGAAAUAACUCAAGUAUUUUUCUACACAAAAAAAAAAUGCAUGGUGUUAAGUUUCAUUAUUAUACAUUUUGAUGUAUUAUCCUAGGAUCUCAAGAUUUAUAUUACAAUUGUACUCUUUCAUGUAACAAAUAUAUUAUUCCUUUUAUGUAAAUUUCAAUAAUUUACUCGUAUGUUUUAUUCUUUGUCCCAUGUGAAUGCUUUCUUGUUUGACCGUUAUUUUGUAAAUUAUAUUAUCCUUAAUAUUCCUUGUGUAAUGUAUAUAAUUAUUUCCAUUGAAAGUCAAAUUAAAUUAUUUAUUUUUUUUAUGGCAAAAA